UCUUUUGUCUCUUCAGCAGGGGCGAAAGGAGACCAGUUUAGUUAGACCAGAGAACGGGCUGCUGCAAAAGCACUACCCGCUCAAGGCAAAUGCAUAAAAAAACACAACUUUUUGGAGUGCUAACUGACAAGCUAUCGCUAUUUUUAAGAGGGGAAUGAAUCUCCUUUUACUUGAAGUUGUCUGCACCAUAACCGGUUUUGAGGAAGCGGUGAGGCGCGACGGCGGAUGGGAACGUCGAGCAGCAGCAGCAGCAGCGCCAAACUCACAAUGCGCCCGGAGUGAAGAGAGGCAAAGAGACAAUACAGAUCCACGGGCACACUGAGGAGCUGCAAAUCUCAUCUGGGCUCUCUGGUUCUUUUCUAAAACCUCUUCCAGCGUGGCAUUUCCCUCCUGCGCGGCUGAUUUAGUGAUUGAUUGAGACAAAACUGACUUCGCAGCGAGGGCAAGUGGUUGAUCUGCAAACUCAGCCAUGACGUCUCCGGCGAAAUUCCGAAAGGACAAGGAGAUAGUGGCCGAAUAUGAAACUCAAGUUAAAGAGAUCCGUGCCCAGGUGGUAGAACAGCUCAAGUGUCUGGACCAGCAGUGUGAGCUGAGGGUGCAGCUGCUUCAGGACCUGCAGGACUUCUUCAGGAAGAAGGCCGAGAUCGAGAUGGACUACAGCCGCAACCUGGAGAAGCUGGCUGAGAGAUUCCUCACCAAGACGCGCAGCACCAAGGACCAUCUGCUCAAGAAGGAGCAGAGCAUUUUAUCUCCUGUGAACUGCUGGAACCUGUUGCUGCUUCAGGUGAAGAGGGAGAGCCGCGACCGUGCCACCCUGUCCGACCUCUACCUCAAUAACAUCAUUCCACGCUUCGCACAGAUCAGCGAGGACUCGGGACGCCUCUUCAAGAAGAGCAAAGAGGUUGGCGUACAACUCCAGGAGGACCUGAUGAAGGUCCUUAAUGAGCUUUACUCGGUGAUGAAGACGUACCACAUGUACAACACUGACAGCAUCAAUGCCGAGUCCAAGUUGAAGGAGGCAGAGAAACAGGAGGAGAAGCAGAUGGGACGCUCCGGUCGACAGGACGACAGACAGACGCCACGCUCCCCCGAUGCCCUGGCCGCUAUCAAGGCUGAUGAGAAACCUGUCCGACGCUCUAGCGUCAAAAAAAUCGAGAAGAUGAAGGAGAAGAGACAAGCUAAGUACACAGAGAACAAACUGAAGGCCAUCAAGGCCCGGAAUGAGUACCUGCUGGCUCUUGAGGCUACCAACAGCUGUGUCUUCAAAUAUUACAUCCACGACCUCUCUGAUAUCCUUGAUUGCUGUGACCUGGGGUACCAUGCCAGCCUGCACCGCGCCCUGAGGACCUACUUAUCAGCAGAACAGAAUGUAGAGGCAUCCAAACACACCGGUCUUGAGACAUUGGAGGGAGCGGCAGAAAGUUUGGAGCCUAAUGGGGACAAACAAAAACUGAUGGAGACCUACAAUAACGUUUUCUGCCCGCCUGCUCGCUUUGACUUCCAGUCCCACAUGGGAGACACGAUGGGAGUGAUGUGUGCACAGCAGCCUCUCGAAGGCGAGCUGCUCCAGAGAUGUCAGCAGCUGCUGUCCCGCCUCUCCACACUCAAAAUUGAGAAUGAAGAGGUGAAGAAAACUAUGGAGGCCACUCUGUCCACCAUCCAAGACAUGGUGACGGUGGAGGACUACGAUGUGUCGGAGUGCUUCCACCACAGCAACAGCAUGGAGUCAGUCAAGUCCACUUUCAGUGAAUCCUAUCUCAGCAAGCCCAGCCUGGCCAAGCGACGGGCCAAUCAGCAGGAGACGGAGCAGUUUUACUUCACAAAGCUGAAGGAGUUUCUGGAAGGCAGGAACCUGAUCACCAAGCUGGAGGCCAAGCAUGACCUUAUCCAGAAGACCCUGGGAGAGAGUCAGAAGACUGACUGUUGCCUUGCCAGUGGACGGAGAAACUCGACAGUACGGAAGCAGGACUUGGGUGAGACCAUUCCUCUGAUUGUCGAGAGCUGCAUCCGCUUCAUCAGUCACCAUGGCCUGCAGCAUGAGGGCAUCUUCAGAGUGUCAGGCUCUCAGGUGGAAGUCAACGACAUCAAGAAUGCCUUCGAGAGAGGUGAGGACCCUCUGGCAGGGGACCAGAAUGAUCACGACAUGGACUCUAUCGCUGGUGUCCUGAAGCUCUACUUCAGAGGACUGGACCAUGCACUCUUCCCUAAGGAAGUCUUCCAUGACCUCAUAUCCUGUGUUUCGAUGGAGAGCCUGCAGGAGCGAGCAGUCCACAUUAAGAAAGUUCUGCAGUCUCUGCCGAGCAAAACCCUCAUUAUGAUGAGAUACCUGUUCGCCUUCCUCAACCACCUGUCUAACUACAGUGAGGAGAACAUGAUGGACCCCUACAACCUGGCCAUCUGUUUCGGCCCCACCCUGAUGUCUGUUCCCGAGGGCCACGACCAGGUCUCUUGCCAGGCUCACGUCAACGAGCUCAUUAAAACUAUCAUCAUCCACCAUGACACCAUCUUUCCUGGACUGCAGGACCUGCAGGGCCCCAUCUACACCAUCCCUGGAACGGGGGAUGACUUUUGUGACAGUCUACACUGUGAGCCCCCCCUUGUGGAAGAGCCUGCAUCUGACACUGUCUCUGUGAGCCACACCUACAGCGAAGAUGGCUCCUUGGCUGUUGCAGAGUUGGAACUGGUGGAAGCCAUCGCUCGGUUCGACUACUCCGGACGGACUAGUCAGGAGCUGUCUUUUAAGAAAGGCGCCUCUCUGCUUCUGUACCGGCGAGCCUCUGACGACUGGUGGGAGGGACAACACAACGGAGUGGAUGGACUGGUGCCACACCAGUACAUUGUGGUCCCAGACACGGCUGAUGGGGGACAGGGAAGUCCAAAGCCUGAUGUCGACUCCAGGGACCUGCUGGAGGAGAGGGUGUCCACUAGAGGCAGCGCUGCCUCUCCUACUGGAGCUCAUGUCGCUGACAUCUACCUAGCCAACCUGAACAAGCUGAAAAAGCGCCCCGAGUCCGGGAGCAUCCGAAGAACUUUCCGGAGCUCAGACAAUGACAGUACUGGUCCAGGACCCAGUGGAGGGGGGAGAACAGCUUCUCUUCCUGUUGGAGGGGCUCUGGUGAAAGAAACUGGAGACAAACGACCCGUCAGCGCUCACAGCAUUCUGAACUCUGUCACUCGCCAUUCCUCUCUCAAGACCAAGGUGGAGAGUCCGCAGUUAAAGAAGACGACGACAGCAGGGCGAUCUAAGAGCUUCAGUAACCACAGACCACUGGAGCCUGAGGUCAUAACCCAGGUGGAGCACGGUUCACAGGAAAUUGAGGUGGCAAUGAGCUCUGGCCUGAGUGAAUUCAGUAAAUUGGAAAGACAGAGCACUUCCAAGCAUACACAUGCCCCUGACGUGGUCCUGGACACACUGGAGCAGCUAAAAGGUGUGGGUGGUGGAGGAGGUGCCUCAGAGCCCUCCAGUCCACUCCACUCCCGUCUGCUGCGAGACAGUGAAGGAGUGUCCUCGCACACCCACCCGCUGCAGCGCAGCGCCUCCUCUGCCAGCGAUGUACCUUCCUCCUUCCGCCCCAUCAAGAGCCAGCCGCGGAACCCCUUGCCCUCCGCCACAUCCACCUCUCUGUCCUCUUCCUCUCUCUCCUCCUCUGCUCCUUCCUUUAGAGAGCUGCGCCCCCCAGCAACAAGGCCGAAGCCAGUGGUCUUCCCAAAGAGCGGAGGAGGAGGAGGCAGUCCAGCACUGGGCUCCCCAACCUCCACUGUUGCUCCUACACCUCCUCCUCCACCUGCAGGCCACACACAUUCUCUCCCUCAAACUCCUCCUCCUCCACCUUCACCCCAGUCUAACGACAAAUCCUGCCCAGCAUAGGACCUGAUCUGAAUCACAAUAUUGAUUCUUACAGCUCUUACCGGGUGCUAGAAGCACUUCGUUUGUUUCACAUCAUACCCAUAACCUACUACUCGUGUAGCAUUCACCUCUCGGUGUCCAAGCAAGUUCUUAAGACUCCACGUUCCCUUUGAGAGUGUUGAAUUUUCUCAUGGCAGCUCUGCUUAUGACAGGUCAGCUACCACAGGGCGUAGAUUCAUGAACACCCUUCAAAGAUACCUUUUUUUUUGCCACCACUGAGAUUCCAGGGACCACUGUCUUUUAAAAUCUUUUUCAAGGGAACAGGACUCAGGAUGGACACCUACAGACAUACAGCACCAAGAGCGUACAUACACUAAUUUGUGAUGUUUGAAAUUGUGUUUGAGUGAGCAUGCAAGAGUAGAGUGUUACUUGCCUUUACACAUAGAUCUAAGUGAGAAACAAAAGCACUGCUUGGUUUUUUGUAUUGUAGAAACAUGACAGUUUUUCUUUUUAAUGACCACAUGACUAGCAGAGUGGAGGGGAAGUGUUUGAUUCCUGACUGUGAAAUGAUACGUUCCCACUCUGAGAUGAAACACACUGACUUGCUGCUUCAGAAGUGAAAGACUGGAGAUAAAGAUGGACUUUUAGGAUGAUGAAAGGAAAGAAAACUGGGCCAAAUAUCAGUGCAAGUCAUGAUAAAAGCUUUAUUUUAUCUCUUCCUCCAGUGAUUGUAGAUGUAGAUUUCUUUUUAUCUAACAGGAGCAGUGUUCUCCAAUAUACCCAACAUGGCUGACGGUAACUCUAGAUCCAUAUAUAGCAAUAAAAUGAUGAAAGCUGGUGGUUUGGGGCAUUAUGCUGCUCUCUCCUUAUGUGUGUAGGGGACCACUGAAACCCAGCAUUUUUAUAUGUAAUGUUGGACUGUACACAUACACGCACAUCUUUCCAGAUCUGUGUGUGGUGGUGUUGGUUUUUGUGGCAGCUAAACGCCUUUCAGGUUUUCCUCACAUGCUGGGGCCACAGACAGCAGCCACACUGGCGAGCUGGCCGAUUGCAUAUGUAUCUGCAGUACCAGCUGUUGAACAACUUCAGACAAAGUUACAGCUUGUUCCUUUAACUGUAUUCUUCAGACUUACAGUAAAAAUAAAAAAAAAUAAAAAAAAAAUUUUUAUUAUGCUAAUGGCCUCUAUGUAUGUUUAAUAACCAUGCUGAUAACUGGAAGCGCAGCGCUGUGGAUCCUCCUGAGCGUGUUUAGAUAGAAGCACAACCAUCCACCUCAUCCAGUGUGCUUUUAUUAUUACUUUUCUCCCAGUUGUUUGUUAAUGCUCAGAACCUGUUACGGUAAAAUGUGGGACUGUGUAGCCCGUCUGGGUGCGUGCAUGUAUGUGUGUGCUCCUGUGUGAGCACAUGUGGAUGUAGAGUAUAAAUGUAUGCACCUCACCCCCACCCAACAGCAACAGUUGUCUGGAGACACACAGGAAAACGCUUCUUCCAUAGUCUGGAGUAGUCACGGCCUUUGUGCUGAGUAAAUAUGCACUGUGUACAUGUGACCAGAUGAAUUGCCUGCAGGGAUACAUGAAAUGUCUUGUCUUCAGUCAGUGCUGUAACGACACUGGUGCCGGGAUAAGAAAACCUUAAUCCCAGGAUUUAAAGGAAGACAUUUGUGUGUGUGUGUGUUUUUUUUUUUUCUUGAUACGUGUUCUUUGUAAAAGAAAUUAGACCUGACGUUGAAUUAAGGAAUAUGCAAACACUGACGUCAACUAUGGAAACAUGCCAUUCAGGUUAAACUGAAUAAAGUCUUUUUGUGUUGUAUUUCACCUUUGUGAGAAAAUAUUAAACUAAUUUGACCCUGGUGUCCUGAUAUUGCCUUCUGUCGCGCCUUUCUCCAAACACACAGCCCAAACUGUACUGCAUUCCUGUAUGCUUUCUACCAGGUAAUGGAUUAUAUUUAAGAUUAUUUUUAAUCUGUAUACUGUUUGUGUAUUACCUGGUGUAUUUGUGUUGCUCAUACCUCAUGACGACCGGAGGGACUGGGACUGUGAGAGUGUUUGUGGUGAGAGAUGAACUCCCCUUAUCAACACGCACACUCACACAUUCAGAUGCAUGUGGGCGCUUGGUGUGUUUCGUCCUUGCUGCGUUGUUGAGGGGAGCUGGGACUCUCCCAUUUCAAAUCAAUCGUCAUGCACUUGAACAACCUGGCUUGCGUGUGAACUAACUGUGUUGGGAUGAUUUGUUGGAACUGAAUAUUGUUAAAUAUGCAUUUUUGUGUCCAUUUGAAAACAGCAGAACAAAAAAAAAAAAGUAAUUUCAAAUCUAUUUAUAGUCAUCUCUGUAUUACUGGAGAAUCCUGUGUUCAGAUGUGCUUUGUAUAUACAAUGUUGUACAUUACAGAGGUACACUCCUUUUUUUUUUGUACAAUAUUGUACAGUAAUAGCAAUAGUAGUUUAAUCAAAUAGGCCUUAUAUAAUUCUAU